UACCCGAAUGACAAAGAUGUCUGAUUCGUUUCCUUUGUUGUGAUAUAUUAAAGAGACACACCGCGCCGUUGCUGUUUUAUUUCAACACUUUUUAAAUACAGAAAUACAAGCACAUAUUGUCUGUCAGUAUUGAUCAACCGUAAGAAUGAGUGGCGGAGUGUACGGAGGAGAUGAAGUCGGAGCUCUUGUCUUUGACAUGGGCUCAUACUCUGUGAGAGCUGGGUAUGCUGGAGAGGAUUGCCCCAAGGCAGAUUUUCCAACUGUGAUCGGUGUGACUCUGGACCGGGACGAUGGCAGUACGCCGAUGGAGACAGAUGGGGAGAAGGGCAAGCAGAGCGGCACCACCUACUACAUCGACACCAACCAGCUCAGGGUCCCCCGAGAAAGCAUGGAAGUCAUGUCGCCUCUCAAAAAUGGAAUGAUUGAGGACUGGGACAGCUUCCAAGCCAUAUUAGAUCACACCUACAAAAUGCAUUUCAAAUCAGAGCCCAGUCUGCAUCCAGUCUUGAUGUCGGAGGCUUCGUGGAACACUCGAGCGAAAAGAGAGAAGCUGACUGAGCUAAUGUUUGAACAUUACAACAUUCCUGCCUUCUUCUUAUGUAAAUCAGCUGUCCUGUCUGCGUUUGCCAACGGACGAUCAACAAGUUUGGUGUUAGAUAGUGGAGCAACACACACAACUGCUAUUCCAGUGCAUGAUGGUUAUGUCCUACAGCAAGGCAUUGUCAAGUCCCCUCUUGCUGGUGACUUCAUGAGUAUGCAAUGUAGAGAGCUGUUUCAAGAGUUAAAUGUUGAAAUAGUGCCUCCAUAUAUGAUUGCAUCAAAGGAUUCAGUUCGUGAAGGAUCUGCAGCCAUUUGGAAGAAAAAAGAAAAGCUACCUCAAGUAACCCGUUCGUGGCAUAACUAUAUGUGCAAUACUGUCAUACAGGAUUUUCAGGCCUCUGUGCUACAAGUAUCGGACUCGCCCUAUGAUGAACAAGUUGCUGCGCAGAUGCCCACUGUUCACUAUGAGCUGCCUAAUGGAUACAACUGUGAUUUUGGUGCAGAAAGACUUAAAAUCCCAGAGGGUCUUUUUGAUCCUUCUAACGCCAAGGGUCUUUCAGGGAACACCAUGCUGGGAGUUGGCCAUGUUGUUACCACCAGCGUUGGCAUGUGUGACAUUGACAUCCGACCAGGUCUGUAUGGAAGUGUUGUAGUUACAGGUGGAAACACUCUCAUCCAGGGCUUCACAGACAGACUUAACAGAGAACUUUCUCAGAAGACCCCACCGAGUAUGCGUUUGAAGUUGAUUGCAAAUAACACAACUGUGGAGCGCAGAUUUAGUGCCUGGAUUGGUGGCUCCAUCCUUGCAUCACUGGGAACGUUCCAGCAAAUGUGGAUUUCUAAACAGGAGUAUGAAGAAGGUGGGAAGCAGUGUGUUGACCGGAAGUGUCCAUAACCAGCUCCUUCGAUAUCUUGUUUCUUUCAGAAUGUCAAGGAUAUUGAAGACAAUAAAAAAAAAAAAAAAACAA